AUGUGCGUGGAGCUCCUGGCUGUGGCCAUGAACCUUAAGCAUGUCGACAUGAGUGGCCUGGCACUCGCCGUAAAGCUCCAGCUGCCGUUGUGCAUGGGGCUGGGCAGCCACCAGUCCCUGGAAACGGUGGCGCUGGCUGGCGUGGGUCUGGGAGGCAGCUGCGGAGCGGCCGAGUGCGUCCGGCGGCUGGUGGGCAGCAUCAGCAUUACAUCACUGGACUUGAGCUGGAACUGUUUCGACCAGCAGGAGACAAGAAGCCUAAACCCUAAAAACCCUAAAAACCCUAAAAACCCUAAAAACCCUAAAAACCCUAAAAACCCUAAAAACCCUAAAAACCCUAAAAACCCUAAAAGCCCUAAAAACCCUAAAAACCCUAAACCCUAA